AUGUCUUCACUCACCCGAGUCCUGCUCUCCGCAGCAUUUAUUUCUCUGGUCCACGGCCACUCGCAGAUCCUCAACGUGCAGGGAGAGCAAGGAUCGCCAGCCUCCGUCGGCUUCCUGGUUGAGGGCGACCUUGCAAGGAACUGCACCAGCAUCAGCCCCUGCCAGCAGGACGCCACCAUCAUCCGUGAUGCCGAGAUCACCGCGAACAUCGUAAACGAGUGUGGACGUACUGAGCUUGGCGGAAACAUCGACGUUGGGGAGAACACCGAAAACGCCCUCGCUGCCAAUGCUGUUACCCAGGUCUCGCCCGGUGGAGAGAUGACUGUCACGAUCCACCAGGUCAACGCUGACGGUGCCGGCCCUUACACAUGCGACAUGGACCCCACUGGAAACUCUCUGGGUGCUACCGGCCAGAUUCCUCUCGAGGUCACAAACAACGUGCCUGGUGCCAACGGUUUCUCCCAGGCCAAGACUGUGGACUUCAACAUGACCGUCAAGAUGCCCGCUGACAUGAACUGCACUGGAGCCUCAACUGGCAACGUCUGCACAGUCCGAUGCCGAAACAACGCCCUGGCCGGUCCCUUUGGUGGAUGCUUCCCCGUCCAGCAAGCCGGCGCCGAUGCGAAGACAAACGUCGCCUCCAAGAUCAGCACGACCCAGACCCUCGACGGCAUCGAGAAGCAGGUCGCGCAGAACAAGGAGGACCUGCCCGCCGCCAUCGCCGCCAACCAGCAGGCGGGAAGCACCGAGGGCCUGGCCGCCGACGACGGAGUCAAGAAGGCGCUCAACAUCGAGGACCCCGUCAUCAAGGAGUCUCCCGUCCAGACCCCCGCCCUCGACGCCGCUCAGCCUGCUGCCUCCGGAGCCGGCAACGCCAACAACAACAACGGCAACGGAGGACAGACUCAGACUGGCAACGGACGCCAACGCGGCGGCAAGAACGGCGGCAACGCCAACGCGGCGUCUGGAAACGGUAACGCCGCGAGUGGAAACGGAAACGCUGGUACCGGUGCCACUGGUGGCCAGGGCAACGGCCGUCAACGCGGAGGCAACAACAACAACAACAACAACAACAACAACAACAACAACAACAACAACAACAAGCGCACCGUCGGUCGCUGGGUCGGUAGACAGUUGGCCAACCUCCGCCAGUAG